AUAAGCAAACAGUUAACAUUGUUAAUUAUUAACGUUUCACUCUCUAUAAAUAACAGAUUCAUCUCAUAAGGCUUGGACGAUAGCUGCACCGAUUUGGAAUACAAAAUAUGAUUGCACCCAAUGGCGAAUAUGAGCAAUGUCCUUACGACAUAUCGCAUACUAUCUUGAAAAGUAGGUUUCAAGUGCAUUUGGUCAGGUGUCGAAAGAAUCAUAAAAAAGUGCAGAUGGUGACGUGUCCUUUUAAUAAUUCACAUAUUCUCCACCAACCAGAACUUGAUUGGCAUGUAAAAACUUGCCCAAAUCGUGCAUAUUUCGAGCACUUUAGGCACCAUCAAGGAGAGUCUGAAGAAGAAAAAUCUCGAAUUUCAUCGACCCCACCACCAGUAUGCGAAUUGCCAUCAGAAGAAAAUUGGGACGAUUUACCGCCCGAACCCAGUUAUGAUCCACAAUCAUAUGCUGCGAAUGCACCGAUUCUUAGGACUUUAAAGGGACAUUCUAAAUCCGUUAAAAAGGAUUUUCGUGCAGCUGAAAGGUCACGUUUAUUACAACUUAAUAAUACUCAACCAAAAGACAGAAAAAACUCAUAAAAUUUGUGUAAAGGCUUUAAAAAUUGAAAAGAUAGUACAUUGGCAAUAACAGUAACAACUUGAAUAUAGCUAAAAAAAUAUUAAAAAAAUUACACAGAAAACUCGGAUGAAAGAUAAUAUUUAUAAAGUGAAGAAAAAAUUUGUGAUUUCAAGUGAAAAAUGUUAACCGGCAUAACCGAUAAUAAUUACAUAAGAAUUUUACAACCACAACAACAUAAGAAUUUUAUCAUAUAUGUAGUGUAAAGACAAUGUACAUUUCAAAUUUGUCAAAUGUGAUAAUUUCUAUAAUUCAAGCAAUAAUUUUAAUAUUUUACGUAUAUUUUUGUUAACAUAUUAAUUAUGUUUUAUUUUAGCUCGCAACGUCUGUAAAGUGAAAAUAUACAGAGAUAUAUGUAUAUAAUUUUUGUAAUGAUUCAAAGUGUGAAAGUCAAAUUAACAUUUUUAAAUUCGAUUUAAAAGUUAUGCAUAUAAAGUUUUUUACCAAUAACAUUUGUAACUUUAAAUAUUUUGAAUAAAGUUUUUAGUGCUUAAUAUUCAGUAUGUAAUAUAUACUAUAUACAUACACUACCUUUUAUUGCAACCCAAAAAAUUAUUCAUGUGGCUGUCAAUUUAGUAAGAUUGUAACGGAACUAUUUAUUUGUGAAAUUUUUUUGAAGAACUGUUCUUACCAAAUAGUUGUCAGGCUCAAAAUAUUUAUUUUAUUUAAAUAAACGUAAAGUGGAAGAGCAUUUGAAAUGGAGGAAACUACUGGCGAUGAUAUAAUUUCGUGUCCAUAUGAUAGGGGGCACCGUUUAUUGAGGAAACGUCUGCAACUGCAUCUACUGAAGUGCCGCUUAAACUACCCGGACGUGGAAUUGCGAAAAUGUCCAAUUAACCAACUACAUUUGGUACCCGAGCCUGAAUAUGAAAACCAUUUGUCCAACUGUCCCGAUCGAAAAUUGAUUGUGCAGUACAAAUACGAAGGCCCAGAUGAGUAUGAUGGAACAAAAUUUUUGCAACACGACCCGAUCGACUGUGACGAGAAUUGGGAUGAUACCGAUAUUGGAAAUUAUGAUCCAGAGAUAUACUCACGCAACAUGCAGAUCAUUCGUCAACCUAUUGGCGGGCCUUCACAGCGAAAAGCUUUUAAAGCCGAGGAGGCAAACCGUUUCAAACAAUUUGAAUAAACGAAUAUAUUAUUAAUAUAGGAGUUAA